GCGUCACCGACUUAGCUGUGGAGAAGGGUUGGUGGCAUCCCUCCGAAGCGAAGUUCCCAGGUGUCUUCGACUUCUUCGGUGCAUACGGCUAUCAGCCGACCGCAGAGAACACGGCUAUUGAGGACAUCACAAGCAUCAGGAACCUGAUGGCGUACUACAGUGGCCGGCGCAUGUGGCGCAUAUUCUCCCUUCUCAGCCCAAGUGAAGGUGAAAAGCUGGAUCCGAACUUGGGAAAUCUGCCCAAGACCAAGGAUCCAUACCCGCCCUCGGUGCCGGCACCGCGUGGCUCUGUGACUCGAUCGAUGGUCAUGAACACCCUGCGCGACCACUACGAGGGCACGCCUUACGACCUGACGAAGGGCAUGGCUGCCGGGCCGCAUGGGACGCCGAAUCGGGGGCCCAUCACGGGCAUCAAGGGGCAGUGGGAGCGAGCCAUCUCGAUGUUCCGCACGGCAUAUUCGUAUGUGUUGGAGAUUCGGCCAAACCGGCGGAGCAUCACAUGGUUUGGCUAUGACGCUGCGCACGGCACGGCUUGGAUGCCGUUCUAUGGCUCCUCACCCAUCCCAGCGCCGCAGAUGUACACUGCGCACGGCCUGAACAUGUCCACUUUCAACACGGAUGCAGCUUGGUGGGCAUUCAACCUCGUGAACCAGUACUCCGACAUCAACUUCCAGCUCAUCAACGGCGAGGCCCGCGCGAAGGCCAGCGAGAUCGAGCUGGAGGCGGCGAAGCUGGUGAAGGUUUGGGAGGCAUCCGUCGACAGCUCCGGCGAGGAGGAUGAUCUUGCUAUACUGGCGGCCAAGACCAAUGCAUACGCUGAGGCGAAGGUCCAGGAGUGGUGGAAAUUCGCCUGGUAUCUCAUCGCCAAGUAUGGCCGGCAGGUUGUCACAUACAACGAGUCCACCGUCGGAGGUGUCAACUACACGGGGCAGAUAUAUCCGCAGUGGUGGCUGCAAAGUCCAGAUGUGGGGUUCACGUCCUGGUCUCCUAAGGGCCCUUGGAUUGGCGUUCCGGACAUCGGGUGCGCUGCACCAACACAGCUAUCUCUGCAGAGCAAUCACACUUGGGCCGUCCUGGCCCUGGUACCUCUGGCUUACUUCGCCGGGCUCUGGCAUGGCAGACGACCAAAGGUCGCUGAGGGCUAUUUGGCCUUGGAGCCCUGA